AUGCUUGAGCCAAGGGAAACUGAUAUACCAGCUUUGUUUCUGGUCUUUGUUGUGCUUCCCCUGGUUACAUAUAUCUUGCUAGGAAAAUGGAGCAAGUCAACGAAAAAAAAGAGGGUUAGCUUGCUUACUCAACAGGCAGCUGAAGAAUCUCUUGGAGUUGAAGCAAUGACUGCUACUACUGUUGUCCCUGUGUUAUGCUUGCCAAACAAUUCAGAAAGUUUCUCUGUGCAGGAUGCUUUGGUCAAAGUACAACUCGUUGUAAACGGUGCAAGUCUGUUUGGUACUGAAAUUAAUCGAACAAAGGAUGCUGGCCCUUCACAAGGAAGUAAUGGGGUUACUGGCAUGGGAAUUAUGAAGAUGAUUGGCUUCAUGAAGCCUUCAAAACUUGAGAGACUAGAGACUUCAGAAGUAAAUUCUGACCAGCAUAAGAAAGUUAAGAUGCUAUUUCCGUAUGAAGAUUUUGUGAAGUUCUUUCAGUAUGAAGUUUUCAACAUGUCUCCAAGAGGUCUUAUAAAUUGUGGAAACAGUUGUUAUGCCAAUGCUGUAUUGCAGUGUCUGACCAGCACAAAGCCUCUCCUUGUGUUUCUGCUUCAAAGAUUGCAUUCUAGAGCUUGUUACGAUUGGUUUGAUUUACAAUGUCUUGCUUUUGCAUUCUAG